AUGAGUCGACUUCCUCAACCAAAUGGACCGACAUCGCCCACCUCGCCUUUUACAACGGACAGCGACAAUAUCGAUGUCACUGAUGACGAAACGACGUCAUUCCCGGACGUACACAACCAAGGAGGACGUUUCUUUAGUCCUGGGGUCACCUGCUCAACGACUAACUCGACGUCAAGUUACGACAGGAAUAGACCCCAUGAAAUACCAAACAACCAAUACACCAAACUAUCAUCACGUGACAAUAUUCGUGACAUCCGGUCUAAGAUCAACAGCAGAGAACGUAAACGCAUGCACGAUCUCAACUCAGCGAUGGACGCCCUAAGGGAAGUCAUGCCUUAUGCAGUGGGUCCCUCCGUAAGAAAACUGAGUAAAAUCGCAACUUUGACUUUAGCAAAGAACUACAUCCAGAUGUUAAACAAAUCUAUGGAAGAGAUGCGUCGUUUGCUUGAAGAUAUCCGUAAGUCAAGCGUCGCAUCCUACCAUUUACCCUACCCUUAUGCUCAGCAAACUCCUUACGCCCCAAGCCAACAGUCUCCAUUGACUCUUUUACCACAGUAUAUUCCUCCUUCAUCAAGUGCCAGCUUCACGGCAUUAUCAAAUGCCAUCCCACAUCUACAUCGACAUCCGGGUCACCUGACGCCUCUUUCAUCAGCGUGUACACGACUGGACCAGCACGCCUUACCCCAGCAAGCUAGGGUCACGUCACAUCCGUUUACGUCACAAGGUGCGGCUUGA